AUGGUCGAUUCCGAUGAAGAGUACAUAGGAGAAAUCUCUGAGGAUGAGGAUGAAAACAAUCUUCUACCAGGGUCUCGCGGAGAGACUACGUCCGCAUCCCGCUCCAAGAGGAGAAAGCACCGUGGAGGCGCAGAAUGGGAGGUCUCGAGAACAUGGGAAACCUUAGUUGAAGGUGCCGACGGUACAAUCAGCUCUACAGUUGAAGGGCUUCUCGAGGCUGGGAAAAGGAAAAGGCUCCUCAGAGAUACGACUCCUUUACAACGGGGUAUAAUCCGUCAUCUCAUCUUGAUUAUAGAUCUGUCACAAUCUAUGACCGAGAAAGAUCUCCGACCGACACGUUACUUAUUGUCCUUACGGUAUGCACAAGAGUUCGUGAGGGAAUUUUUCGAGCAAAAUCCCAUCUCUCAACUCGGCGUUCUUGGCCUCAAAGAUGGACUGGCGGUCAGAGUCAGUGAUAUGAGUGGAAACCCUACUGAGCAUAUUAGUGCCAUCCAAUCACUGCGAGACCAGGAUCCGAAAGGUCUUCCUAGUCUGCAAAAUGGCUUCGAAAUGGCUCGUGGUGCCUUGUUCCAUACUCCAAGCCAUGGCACCCGUGAGAUCUUCGUCAUUUUUGGCUCCCUCCUUUCCUCUGAUCCCGGUGAUAUUCACCAAACAAUUACUACGCUUAUAAAUGAUAAAAUACGUGUUGGAAUCGUGGGCCUUGCUGCUCAAGUGGCAAUCUGUCGCGAAAUUUGUGGCAAGACUAACGGGGGCGACGAUACCACAUACGGUGUAGCACUCAAUGAACAACAUUUCCGUGACCUUGUGAUGAAUGUGACAACACCACCAGCCACAUACUCUCAGAAGCAGUCCACAAGCUCUCUCUUGAUGAUGGGUUUUCCAUCACGAACCGUUGAGGCUUACCCUUCACUUUGUGCAUGCCAUUCCAAGCCUUCUCGUGGGGGCUAUCUGUGCUCACGGUGCAACAGCAAGGUUUGUGGUCUCCCUGCCGAGUGUCCUUCCUGUGGUCUUACUUUGAUUCUUUCAACCCAUCUUGCUCGGUCGUAUCACCAUCUGUUUCCCCUUAUGAACUGGGUGGAAGUUUCGUGGCAACACGCUUCACGCAGUAGUGUCUGUUUCGCUUGUGGGAUAUCCUUUCCAUCAGUACCACCCAAGGAGCAGUGGCAUACUACAGAGGGACAAACAAAGGGAAUAAGCGUAAGCAGCCGCUAUGAAUGUACUGUUUGCAGAAACCAUUUUUGCAUUGACUGUGACCUUUUCGCUCAUGAGGUUGUGCACAACUGCCCUGGCUGCCAAAGCAAGAUGAUAGUUGCCACGAGUUCUGAGCCCUCUCAGGACCACGAAGCUCUAGACAGGAUGGAUACCUCUGCAUGA